CAUUUUUGUCCGCUUGGAGCCAGCCCAACGUACUCUCUCUCUCUCAUACAUGUCCUUGUAAAGAAAAGACAGUUCGAUUGAGUUUGAUUGUACAUCCCACCGCUCAUAUCAUCCGCUUCCCCUCGCCAUUUCUCCUACAAAAACAAACAAGACCGGAUCGAGCUAAUUCAGCCGAGCCAGCUUCAGGAAACCCUUACUCGAUAGGAUCCUCUGCAGUGUCGAGCUUCUUCUCUAGCCCUAAAUUAGUUUGCUUUCUUGAGUUCUUGUGAAUUGCCAAGCAAAAACUCACUCUCCUGUACACAGACUUAGAGAGAGGACUCGUUAGCAAAGCAAAUUUACGGAGGUAGCUAUGUGUGACUACUUCUUGCAAAGGAUGGAGGGCGACCACCAGGCCGGAGACCUCACCGACAUCGUCCGAGCCGGCGGUGCUAUGCAAGUUGGUGUCGCGGAACUCCCAUCGACGGCCACUGGGUGGCAGCACCAGGCCGAGCCCGAGCUAGCAACCCUCUUCCCGCCACCCCAGCCGUCGUCAUCAGAUGGGGCGGGGCCGUGCGGCGACGGCUUCGGGGACGCGUUCGUCGGCCUCCCGGACCCCUACUUCACCAGCGACUACCGCAACUCCUCCGGCGGCGCUGCCGACUUCUUCGACUUCGAGGCGCCUGUCGGUGGCAUAGGCGGUGGAGGAAGCGCAGGCGUACUGGUGGAUAGUGGCGGUGGCGGAGUGGUGGCGAGGGGUGUGCAGUCUUUGCAGAUGCCGGCACUAUCGCCGUUGUCGCCGAGAGCGAUACGGCCGUACCCGGUGAUGAUGGGCUGCGAAACCGUGAAUAUCGACAUGCCCAUGGCCGGGCUGGCGGUUGGGCCGCCGUGCGCAUUCGACGCCGUCGCUGGGCUGCAGAUGCCGUCACCGCGCGCCGGCGGGAUCAAGCGCAGGAAAAACCAGGCAAGGAAGGUGGUAUGCAUCCCAGCACCUGCAGCAUCGGCAGGAGGGAAGGCCACUGGUGAGGUUGUUCCUUCUGAUCUCUGGGCUUGGAGGAAGUAUGGCCAGAAGCCUAUCAAAGGAUCACCCUUCCCAAGAGGAUACUACCGAUGUAGCAGCUCCAAAGGAUGCCCGGCGCGGAAGCAGGUCGAGCGCAGCCGGACAGACCCCAGCAUGCUCGUCAUCACCUACAACUCGGAUCACAACCACCCGUGGCCGACGCAGCGCAACGCGCUCGCCGGAUCAACACGGUCUCACCAAGCCAAGAACAACGGAAACAACCCAUCAGCUUCCAAGAAGCACUCCUCGCACAACCUGCAGAAGCCAGUUGUUAAAGUGGAACCGGAUCAAACCGCCGCCGCCGCCACCACAACCGCAGCCACAAGCACCACCACCACAGCAACCACAAGCACCAGUAACAGCACUCCUCGGACAAUGGCUGUGAAAGAGGAGGCAAUGGUCGGGUCAGAAAUGGAGAAGGGCACAGAUCAUGGUAUUUCUGUCACGCUAGAUCACGGUGAUCUCAUGCAACAGAUGUUCAGCCAGAGCUACGGGCCGAUGAUACCGGAGGGCGGCCACCACGACGACUUCUUCGCGGACCUCGCCGAGUUGGAGUCGGAUCCCAUGAGCCUGAUCUUCUCCAAGGAGUAGAUGGAGAACAAGCCUGGCGGUGAUCCUAGCAAGGAGAAGGCGACACCCAAGAGUUCAGCCGAUCCAUUAUUCAACAUGCUGGAUUGGGCUACCACUAAUGCUGUUGCUACUUCUGCAGGGUGCUCAUUUGAGCAAGGCGAGAGCGGUUUAUGACACUAUUUACCUUGGAAAACGCAAGCAUAUAUGCAUAUGCAAAUGCACACACCACAUUUGAUCUCUAGGACAAUAGCCUUCAAUUUAAGAUGACAAGUUGUAGAAAAGGAAAAGAUGAGGGCCUUUUUGUUUCUCUUUCCCCUCUUUUAGUAUUUGCUUCUCCAUUUUCUUCGUUUUAAUUGAUGUACUAGAGAUCAUGAGAAAAAAAAUCGGAUUUUUGAAAAAAUUGGAGGGCACCGGUCAAACAAUUUUGGUCAAAUUUCGGUCCGAUUCCGGUCAAAUCAUCGCGAUUUUGAUCAAGAUGAUCUAAGUAGCUAGCUGUAAACAUUUUGUCUACUAUUUUAGGGAGGUUGGUGGGUGUAUGGAUGGAUUGUGUUCUCUCUCUCUCAUCAGUUCUUCAAUGUUCAUUGUUAUCUAACAGAGCAUUAUAUUCGAUGUGCUUGGAGAAAAGAGCACAUGAAGACAAGUAUUUCAAGAUGUGACAGAAAGCUGUGGGAGUGUUGAAGGCUUGGCUUGCAACUGUUUUAGGGAAGUGCAGUCAAGAUGUGACAUGAAGCCUAAGUUCUCUUAGAAGCAGCUCUAAUGGUAGAUUAGAGCUGGCAGGUAGCUCUGAUCAUUGGAACUGUUGUAAGUGGGCUUGCAGAACAGUACACGUCUGUCUGUGUUGAGAAUCUGAACACAGAAAUGUGAGAACAAGUGCUGGCUCCUUGCUUGCACGAGAAGGGGAUAUGUUGA